AUGGACAUUGAUCUCACGGUAAAAACGGUUGGAAAACUUUCGGGCCACAAAGCGUGCGUAACGAAGAUUGUAUUUAGCAACGAUGAGAACUACAUCGUCAGCUCAAGCUUGGACAACACUGUUUGUCUUUGGAAUGUGAACAAGCAGUUACACAUAAACACCUACAAAGAUGUUCACAAAAAGGGAAUAAACGACGUCGCCCUGUUCAGGGACAAUACGAAAUUUUUCUCAGCGGGAAAUGACGCUCACGUUUACCUUUGGGACACCCUCUCGAACAAGGUUUUAAAUAGGCUGCUCGUGAAUGAUAAGGUUAAUGUAAUCAAACUCAGCCUGAAUGAGAAGCUACUCUUUUGCAGCAGAAGUAACUCGGUCAAUGUGUACGACUUUAGGGAGAGGGACUACAAGAAGAAGAACACCCCUUUGCAGGUCUUCAGUGAAGCGCGGGACUCCAUCUCAGAUAUCUUUGUGGACGAACACGAAGUCUACACGGGCAGCAUUGACAACUGGCUCAGAGUGUACGACAUGCGCAUGGGGAAGCUGCUCACUUACGACAUGAAGUCUUCCAUCCUCAGCAUCGACGUGACGAGCGACAGGAACUACUUUUGCGUGAAGACCAUUGACAACAGCGUCAAGUUGGUGGAGAAGAACAGCGGAACCCUCCUCGGGCUGUACAGAGGCGACUCGAACAACUGCCACCGGAGGAACAUCAAACUGGACAACCGAAACAAGUUCAUCCUCUCCUGCACGCACCACAACGACCUGCACAUCUACGACAUUGUAAAGAGCAACCUAAUAAACAACUCCAUUUUUUAUAAAAACGUUCAAUAUGAGCAACACCUGGAUGUAUACAAAAACACCUACUGCAAGGUACCGAUAGGAAGGCCUACUUACUACGUAACCGUUAACAAGCACAUGAUGUUGGAGAGCUCCUACAUCGACAAGGAGAAAUAUGACUCCGUCUUGGAACAGUACAAACGGUACGGGAAGAAGACACAUGUUCCUUCCUCCGAUCUGAAUUUUCAAAAUGUGAAUAACAAAUUGGUUUGUGGAGAUGUGGACGGAAACAUACACGUGUUGCAGCUGAAGUUCCCCGGGAACACGAAGCGCGGGCGGGAGGACAGCCCCGAAAGGACGUGCAUCACGCUGGUGCGCGCGACGCUGCUGCCCAUCCUGAGCAUUGACAAAAAUGAAAAGACGACGCUGUUCCAUCCCUUCAAGAACCCCCUGCCUGGGUUCGUAAGCGACAAGAGCCUCUAUGUGAAAAAAACUCUGGGUGCAAAGGUCAGGCGCACAGGAUGGAUAAAUCUGACCAACGGCAUACCAAGGAGAUCAGAUGAAGCAGAAAUGAAUGAACAGAAUAAGGAAAACGAAAUAAAAAAAGACUUUGUCCCACUAAUCUUAUACGAGGAUGAAAAGAACAAAAUACAAGUUGAUCCCAUUUUAGCUCAGUUCCUCAGAGAACACCAGCGAGAAGGAGUCACUUUCGUUUUCGAGUGUUUAAUGAAUUUAAAGGAUGAAAAGAUAAGUGGAUGUAUUUUGGCAGAUGAUAUGGGGUUAGGAAAAACACUUCAAAGUAUUUCUGUUUUAUACACACUCCUAAAGCAAGGCAUUAAUAAAAAACCAGCUGUUAGGAGAUGCCUCAUUCUUUGCCCAGCUAGCUUAAUUAAUAAUUGGAACGAUGAAAUAAAUAAAUGGCUACCUGGUAGAUGCAACGUCACUUGUGUUAAUGACAAUGCAAAGGAAAAAAUCGUUAGCAAAUUAGAAGGCUUCAAGUAUGACCCCAAAUCAACAGUGAUCAUAUGUUCAUACGAAUGCUUCCGCAUAAACAAUGAAUCAUUAGACAAAUCUUCAAUAGAUAUGAUUAUAUGUGAUGAAGCACAUCGGUUGAAGAAUGACAAAACAAAGACCUACAUGAGCAUUUAUAAUUUAACUGCUCGAAAAAGACUCCUCCUCUCUGGUACUCCAAUACAAAACGAUUUAAGUGAAUUCUUUGCUCUCAUUUCAUUGUGCAACCCGGACCUAUUUGACGAUACCAAUUUGUUCAGGAAAAAAUAUGCUAACCCUAUUUUAAUUGGAAGAGACAAAGAUGCAACAGAGAAAGAACAACAAAUUGCUUCAGAGCGACUAGCAGAACUAUCUACCAUUACAAAUAAAUUCAUCCUCAGGAGGACAAACAAUUUACUCUCCAAAGUGCUACCUGUAAAAUACCUCAUUAACAUUUUCAUUAAACUCAACCCCAUUCAAGAAGCCCUCUACGUCCUCUUUUUAAAAGACAAGAGGAUUUUGAAAAAUGAACAGAGCACAAACAAGGUCAAUGUACUUAUAAAUAUAAAAAAAUUGGAGAAAAUUUGCAACCACCCUCUGCUACUUAAUGCUAAUGAUAUGAAGGACGUCGGGCAGGUGUCGCUCGCGAAGCUUAUUGAGGAGGCGGUGAAGGAACAGGAGAAGAAGCCAGCGCGCGGGAACAAACAGGGGAAUGCACGCAGCGGAGGUGGCGCAGCGGAGAAGGAGAAGCCCCCGGUAGAAAGCAACACACAGGGGGGGGGUGGCCACCGGGAUGGUGAUCGGGAUGGCAACCGCGAUGGCAACCGGGAGCGGGACCGCCGAAGAGCCGUCGAGAUGGACUACGACAAACCGGUGAAGAAACUCCUGGAGGAAUGCAAAAGAGACACACAAAGGUCCUACUACAACAUGUCCUGCAAGUUCCAGUUGCUUCACUUCCUCCUCAAAACAAUAAAAAAAAACACCACCGACAAGGUAGUCAUUGUAAGCAAUUACACACAAACCCUAGACUUCAUGGAAAUACUAUGUAGAGAAAAUUUUUACAAAUUCGUACGAUUAGAUGGAGCAAUCAGUAUAAAAAAAAGACACAAAAUUAUUAAUGACUUUACACACUUAUCUGAUAUUUUUAUAUUUCUUCUUUCUUCUAAAUCUGGUGGGUGUGGUAUCAACCUGAUCAGUUCGAAUCGUUUGAUUCUGUUAGACCCAGAUUGGAACCCUGCAAAUGAUAAGCAAGCUCUAGCAAGGGUAUGGAGAGAAGGACAAAAAAAAAUUUGCUACAUAUACAGACUCUUUUGUACAGGUACAAUUGAUGAAAAAGUGUAUCAGAGACAAAUCAGUAAAGAUGGGUUGUCCUCCAUGAUUGUUACUAAUACGAAUUUGUCGAAAGAUCAACUAUCUGAUGAAAAUGUUAAAAAACUUUUUAAUUAUAAAAUGAAUACUCUUUGUGAGACACAUGAUAAUAUUGAAUGCACUAGGUGCACUACGAAAAAUUGCACCGAUAAGGAAGUAGAAAACUUCUCGGAGCAAUUGGAAGAUUUUGAAGAAGAAGAUGUUAACACAUGGGCACACCACCAAAAUGUAGAAACUGUGCCUGAUGAAAUUCUGGCAAAGGCGAUCAAAGCAGCUACUGAGUACAAACUUAACCAUAUGAAUAAUUUUCCCGUGUUGAAAAAACUGUCCGACCUCUUUGUUACCUUCACCAUGAGCUGCAAAAUUGAAUACCGGGACGACUUGAUUAAACGCAAGGCGCAAAAGGCAGAACUGAACAACACGCGCACGGGCCAAUCUGCUGAAACCACGGCUCAGGAUGAGGAGGCCGAUUAUGAGGGCGAAGACGAGGAUGAAGAGGAAGAGGAAGAAGAAGCAGAAGGGGAAGAAGAAGCAGAAGGGGAAGAAGAAGAAGACGGAGCAGAAGAAGAGGAGGAAGAGGAGGAGGACGAUGAAGAAGAAGAAGGCAGAGAAAAUGAGGAGGAAGAAGAAGAAGACGCGGAGGAAGAAGACGAUGAGGAGGAAGAGCAGGAGGCUCCGCCCAAGCGCGCCGACAAAACGGACACACACCAAUACCAACACAAGUUAAUGGAGAUCAUGGAGUACCAACUCGUGCGCAAAAGGAACAAGUCUGAGGAGGCCAUGCGGGCGAGAGGUGACACACAGCAACCUGCCGGGGAUAUGACCACCUCUCUUCAUGCGAAGGAUACAAACAAACGCGAGGACUCUUAUCAGCAGCCAACGAAGGAGACGCAACUUAUUCAGAAGAAGGACGCAAAAAUGAGUACCACGGCAAAAGCCAAAUCACACGAGGAAGUCGUGGGUGAAGAGGACGCAGCCUCCAAACGAGUCACCCGAAACAUGAGCCAGAAGAAUUUAAUGGAACUCCUUUCACAGGAUGAUGAAUCUAAAGUGACUCUCUCCAUGUCAGAGGACGCGGACGCUUCCGUGGAGAAUGUAAGCACCGACAGCUCGUACUUGAUAUGA